AUGUCUUCCUGGCUUCCCUCCCUUCCCUACCCACCUCCGGACCAGAAAGGGUUUUGGGAGCCUGUCACGAGUACCAUCAAUUGGUGCGAAGAGGACUACUACGCCACAGUUUAUGCCGCUGAAAUAGUCAACACCUUGACCAACCUACUUUUUAUCUGGCUUGCAUACAAAGGACUUAUCAGCUGUUACAAACAUGGACAUGACAGCGUCUUUGCCGUUGCUUAUGCAGGCUAUCUCGCCGUGGGAUUCGGUAGCCUGUCGUUUCACGCCACGUUGAAAUAUCCCAUGCAACUUGUCGAUGAACUCUCUAUGAUCUACACCACGUGCCUCAUGGCUUAUGCCAGCUUCUCCUACUCGCGAAGCAGAGCGUUUCGAAUCGUUCUAGCUGUUUCCCUGGUUGGACUUUCAUUGUUUAUCACCCUGUACUACCACUAUCUCCAAGAUCCGGCAUUUCAUCAAAACGUGUAUGCUUUGCUCACCACAAUCAUCGUCUUCCGAACAAUUUUUACUAUGGAACGGACCCUACGACCAUCUCUACGACACUCCGAGGAAAAGCAUCGACAGGAGCGAAAAGAGAAGUCACGUGCUCUUCAUGAGAAGCAGGUGCAGGCCCGGUUGAAUGUUAGAGAUAAGGCAAUCUUGAAAGAUAUGUGGAUAUUGGUGGCGUUUGGAUUAACCAUGUUCUUGGGUGCGUUUGGGAUCUGGUCAUUAGAUAAUGUGUACUGUUCGAAACUCCGGAGUAUGCGCAGGAGAAUUGGCUUACCCUGGGGUGUGCUGUUAGAAGGGCAUGGCUGGUGGCACCUCAUGACGGCAUUGGGAGCAUACUGCUAUAUCGUUUGGGGCAUAUGGUUGCGGCACUGCUUGAAUGACAGACAAGAUGAGUAUGAGUUUGUAUGGCCACGACUUUAUAGCCUGCCAGAGGUCGUCCAGUCUAAGGCUGGUAAGUCCAGCAAUAUUUCGUUGGAGAACGGAUUUGCGAAGAAAACACGAUAG